GGCUGGACUUGGGCGCAGAAGCAGCUGAGCUGGGAGGCGGGAGGUGCGAAGCGAAGUCAGUUGUCUGCAGAUCUUCUUGCAGCGGGUUCAUUGAGCCCUUGGACUUAAGGCAGGGUUGUGUGUACGUGCGUGUUAUAAUUUCUUCUUUGUGUUUUGAGUGAGCUGGUACAUGUUGUACAUUGGUGUUUGGUGAUCUCACGGCUGGAGAUUGAGCGCGCUCUGCACCAUGGGAGAGGUGGAACCGGACAAGGAGAGGAGAGGAGAGGGCAGCGUUCUUCCGCCCAAAGGCCCCCCGUGGUGGCGCUCCACCCGCUUCAUGCUCGCCCUACUAGCCUCCUUCGGGUACGGCAACUUCUUCCUCCAGAGGAUCAACCUGAGCAUGGGUGUCGUCUGCAUGGUCAACCACACAGCCGUGGACCUGCUUACGUCACACCACCAGGGGACGCUGCAGAUGGCAACAGGAGGAGGAGCAGGAGACGAGUUGACCAUGAUGAAUUAUAAUUAUUCAGAGGAGUACAGCGCCAAUGACGUCACGACGUGGGGAUUGGUGGACACGGGGAACAACUCUUUCACAGACGGAACAUGCUCACCUCUCCACGCGAAAGAGCUGCAAAAGGAGGACGGACAGCUGGUCUGGAGCAAGAGCACACAAGGCAUCAUCCUGGGUGGGCUGUACUGGGGCUACCUGCUGCUCCAGCUGCCCUCACAGAGGAUCAUCCAACACCUUGGCUGCAAGCGGCUGUCUCUAGGCUGUGUCCUGCUCAUGUCGCUGCUCACCAUGGCUCUGCCUGCGGCCGCCCGGCUCAGCCCCUGGCUUAUGAUGUCCAUCAGGGUUGCGCAAGGCCUAUUGUCAGCUCUGGGAGUCCCCGCCAUCUACUGUAUGUGGGGUGCAUGGGCACCGCCCCAGGAGAGGACAACUCUGAUCAGCAUUUGCUUCUCCGGGAGUAUGAUCGCCAGCGCUAUCGUGUAUCCCAGCUCUGGCCUGCUGUGUCGUUUUGGGUUUGCUGGUGGCUGGCCAUCUGUCUUCUAUGUGUUCGGCAUUGUGGGUCUGGUCUGGUGUGUUCUCUGGAUGUUUCUCAUGUACGAAACUCCAGACACACAUCCUAGGAUAGAUCCCAGGGAAAGAGAGUUUAUCAAGCAAAGUAUUGGAGGGACGAACAAGGAAAAUAGGGGUGCUAUUCCAUGGCUGAAAAUCUUCAGUUCCAUCCCUGUGUGGGCUGUGGUUGUGGCUCAGCUGGGCUACAAUUGGGCAUUCUUCAUGCUGCUUGCCAUGUUACCUCAAUACAUGAAGGAAGUCCUGCAGUUGGAUAUCCAAUCGAAUGGGUUUUACUCUAUGCUGCCAUACGUUGCCCUGUCUCUGUGCACCAACAUCUGGGGAAGCCUCUGUGAUUGUCUGCUCAGAAGAAAAGUCGUAUCUCUGACGGGAGUCCGCAAGCUGUCCACUGCUGUCGGUACUGUCGUUCCUGGCAUUCUGUACGUGAUUAUCUCAUUCCUGGACUGCUCCCAGGCCUUGUGGGUUGUCCUUCUGAUGACCUUUGCUAUUGGAAUAUCCGGAACAAACUUACAGGGCUUUUUAAUCAACCCGUAUGACAUAGCGCCGCGAUACGCCACUGCCGUACUUUGUCUGUCUAACACCAUAGCUGUGGGCUCAGGAAUUGUCUCUCCUUACGUGGUUGCAGCCAUGACUGUCAACAAAACCAGGGAGGAAUGGCAAGGAGUGUUCUUCCUCACCUCAGGAAUCGGUUUGGCCUGUUUGGUAUUCUAUCUCAUCUUCGGAAGCGGGGUCGAGAUGGAAUGGGCGAAGGCACCCAAAGACCGUCCUAAUCUUGAUGCAAAGCCUACAAAUACAAAGGCUGUGCCAUCCUCUGACUUUGAGUAUACUGUUAAAGACCCUCUUGAUAUAAAUCUGUUGAAUAAGAAAAAUAAGCAAGUCAAAGACACUUCUGGAGAGGGUGAAGCUGAAGAGUUUUUGAGUAAAAGUGCUUCCAUUGAAAAAAUUGUUUAACUGAUCUUGGCUCUGACCUUAUCUUCAUAUGUAUCAUGGCAUGCUGGAGCCAGGCGCCCAUUAAUUUUUGGACAUAUAGAGUUGUUUGUAUAAUCUUAAAGCUUGUUCUUUUGUCUUGCUUUUGAUGAAAUAAAUACUUGUCUAUCAUUCUCUCCAUUCGCAGGAAAUAGAAACCAAUGUUAAGAUCAUCAGUAUUUCAAUUAUGAUAGCAUAUUUUAUGGUCCAUUCACUUAUCUUGUGUGAACAACAAAGUGAGUUGGUUUCCAUUAUAUUUCCAUUUACAACUUAUUAAAACCAUGGCUGACUGGAUAUAUUUUUUCAUGAAAAC